GCUCUGCGCGCUCCUUCCCGCUGCCUUCCAGGCCGCUCUCUGCCUUUUCCUCUCAAACUUCUUCCAGCCUGGUCCGGGAUACCAGACUCGAGGACACCCAGGGACCGCCCUUCCGCAGACCUCCAGGAGAGGGAUAGAAGAACCCGCCGAAGCGGCUCGGCGAGUACGGGCUCUCGCGCAUGCUCCCUGACUGGACGAGAGUCACGCUGGAGCCCGCAAGAGUGGGAAUCCACUUCUCCACAUUUUGCAGGUGACCUGGAAAAGUCGGUACCAAAACACUAGGUCCUCAAAGGAGGAAGGGGUCGGACGGUUACUGAGAGCUGACCGGAGGAGGCUGCUCGCAAAACCCGAAAACCUCUUCCGGAUUAGCCAACCUCGACAUGCGCAGAAGCCUCUCCCGCGGCAGCGGCGGCGGCGGCUGUGGCUCCAGAGCCGGAAGGUAAACGACUUCAGCUGCCCGCGGCCUGACGCCUCCUGGGUCAUGUCGGCCCAGGGUGACUGCGAGUUCCUGGUGCAGCGAGCCCGGGAGCUGGUGCAGCAGGACCUGUGGGCAGCCAAGGCUUGGCUGAUCACAGCCCGCAGCCUCUACCCCGCCGACUUUAACAUCCAGUAUGAGAUGUACACCAUUGAGCGGAAUGCCGAGAGGACCGCCACCGCUGGGAGACUGCUGUACGACAUAUCAGCCGGUGGUGUGGAGAGAAAUCAGCAUUAUUACAUCAGCAUUAAGGAACGAUUCACAGGAUAAACAAACCCAAUUUUUAAGAAGUUUAUUUGAAACUCUCCCUGGUCGGGUCCAGUGCGAAAUGUUACUAAAGGUUACGGAACAAUGCUUCAACACGUUGGAACGAUCAGAAAUGUUGCUUCUACUUUUGAGACGCUUCCCUGAAACAGUGGUGCAGCAUGGGGUAU